AUGACUGUUAUCGAGCUAGAUGCCGUCAUUGUCGGCGCCGGUUUAUCAGGAAUUUACCUCCUGCAACGACUGCGAGAUGAACUACAUCUAAAGGUCAAGAUCUUCGAGGCGGCCCCAGAAGUUGGUGGAGUUUGGUAUUGGAACACCUACCCAGGCGCUCGGGUCGAUUGUCCUGUCCCUGCCUAUGCCUUUGACUUCGAAAAGGUGUGGUCGACCUGGAAAUGGUCCCAAUUGUAUCCCGACCAGAAAGAGUUGCAAGCAUAUUUCCGCCACGUCGAUCAAGUGAUGGAGAUCUCCAAGGACACUUUCUUCAACUCGCGCGUGAACGGCGCACAGUUCAACCCCGAUACUGCACGAUGGACUGUCACAACUGAAGAUGGCAAGAAGAUGGUCGCGAAGUACUUCAUCCCCGCCGCUGGCUUUGCGGAACAAGAGCAUGUGCCCCAGUGGAAGGGAUAUGAGACUUUCGAAGGAGAUAUCCAUCAUACCUCCUGCUGGCCCAGUGGCGGCGUCGAUGUGAAAGGGAAACGGGUAGCCAUCAUUGGCACUGGCGCAACUGGCGUGCAGGUCACACAGGAAUGGGCCAAAGAGUCUGACGAGACCUUUGUGUUCCAGCGGACCCCGAACUAUGCAUUGCCAAUCAACCAGGAGACAAUUGAUGAGACCACCCAGAAGAAAUUCCAGAAAGAGACGGGUGAUAUCUUUGCAUUCUCUGCGACCACAAUUGGUGGCCUCGCAUGGCAUAGUACGACCAAGAACUACGAUGACUACGGCUCCCAGGAAGAGCUUGAAAAGAUCCUCAAUGAGAUGUACGACAAGGGCGGCUUCCACUUCUGGACAGGCGGCAUUGCAGACCUUUUCAUCAACCCAGUUGGCAAUCGAAUUGUUUACGACACCUGGGCCAAGAGAGUUCGACAACGCGUCCAGGACCCGGUCAAGGCAGAGCUUUUAGCGCCCAGAGAGCCACCGCAUCCGUUUGCCACGAAACGCCCUUCACUGGAAAGAGACUACUAUGAACAAUUCAAUCGGCCCAAUGUCCAUAUUGUGGACACCAAUGCUCAUCCGAUCCUCGAAAUUAGACCGCAGGGCAUUGUCACUGACGACGGAAAACUCUAUCAGGUCGACGCUAUUGCAGUUGCCACGGGCUUUGACGCAGGUACGGGCAGUCUAGCGAAACUGAAUGUUCGGGACGUCGAUGGGGUGGACCUGAGCUCGCGAUGGAAGGAUGGUAUCCAGAGCUUCCUAGGAAUGACUGUCCCUGGCUUCCCUAACAUGUUCAUUCCUUACUCGGUCCAAUCUCCGGCACCAUGGACCAAUGGCCCAGUUUUCCUUCGGUUACAGGUCGACUGGAUUCGCGACAUGAUCGCGAAGAUCGAAAAGGAGGGCAUCCGCUACAUUGACCCUCACAAGGAGAAGGCCCAAGCAUGGCGUGACGAGCUAUUGGCAGUCACCAAUAUGACUUUAUUCCCGAAGGCGAAAUCAUGGUACAUGGGGGCCAAUGUUCCUGGCAAGCGAGUAGAGUUGAUGUAUUUCCCUGCUCCAAUGCCCAUGUAUUUUGAGAGAUGCGCUGCUGCUCGCGAUGGUCAAUUUGCGGAGUCGUUCUUCGCCAGUCGAAAUGCGGCAUAA